AUGAAUGAAUGUAUAUCUCCAAAGAAACGGGCUGCCAACGUCGUCGUUUUGACAGCCCUAUUGGAUCGGAAGUGUGAACACACCGACCCUGCUAAAGCUUCCUUUUUUACGAAUUGGGCAUCCUACUAUGUAACCCUCUUCGCAACCCAAAGUGAUUCAACGUUUAAAAGCCAAAGUGAUUGUCAAAUUGUGAAUGUGAUGAAGAAUGGACCAACCAGAUUCAGCCAAGUGGCGGAGCAUCACCAGAAUGAAGUCCACCAUCACACGACAUCUACUGGGCCCUAUAACUCGUGGUUCCGAGAAAACAGGGAUGAGACACAUCACUGUGAAAGUACCUAUUUGCCCCUCAAAAACUUGCCCCAAGCUUAUGCAUCCCAUUACAGGAAAACCAUGCAGAGUUAUGCUGGUGAGGAAAACUAUCUAUAG